AUGCUUUUGUCCUACUGGACCAUGUCACGAAUCAAAUUCAACUAUCUUCAACUAUUCAAUUAUCUUCUCUCUUCUUGUAUUCAUUGUUCGCACACAGAGCCUGAAGUAGUCAGGAAUAUCACUGUGACUGAUAUCACAACAUCCUCCAUAUCUCUGACGUGGAUUGAACCAAAGGGAAACAGCUCUUUCUACGGAGUACAGUGGACUGAUGGAAAUGUAUCUCGCAGUAACAAUGUGACUACAACAAAUAUAACCAUUACUAACCUGACUGCUGGUGUACAGUAUGAAAUAACCGUUACUGCAGUGACAAAUGAAGGCAGAACUGAGGGACAGAACACCAGUGUUUCUCAAUACACAAAACCUGGUGAAAUUAGGACACCUACUGUGUCCACAAACACCUCCUCCAUCUCUCUGCAGUGGACCUCACCUCCGGGUGAGGUGUUCAAGUACAGGUUGGAGUGGACCAGUAAUGGAGAUAUGAGGAAUGUGUGUACACAUGACAACUUUGCCGUGCUAUCAGAACUAAUCCCAGGCACUAGCUACACAAUCUCAGUCAUCGCCGUCGCCGGAGACAAUCAGACAGAAGGACAAGCUCACCGACUCACCGCAGUCACAAAGCCUGAAGUAGUCAGGAAUAUCACUGUGACUGAUAUCACAACAUCCUCCAUAUCUCUGACGUGGAUUGAACCAAAGGGAAACAGCUCUUUCUACAGAGUACAGUGGACUGAUGGAAAUGUAUCUCGCAGUAACAAUGUGACUACAACAAAUAUAACCAUUACUAACCUGACUGCUGGUGUACAGUAUGAAAUAACCGUUACUGCAGUGACAAAUGAAGGCAGAACUGAGGGACAGAACACCAGUGUUUCUCAAUACACAAGGCCUGUGAAACCUGAGAACAUUAUGGUUACUGCAAGGGGAACCAAUGACCUGAACAUCAGCUGGACUUUGCGUGCUGGGCGCGUUGAUCACUACCUGGUGACUAUCUCAGGUGAGAGACUGACGUAUAGCAACCAAACAGAAGCCACCACAUUCUCCUUCACCGAUUUGAAUCCUGGGAGAGAAUUUUCCAUCAAAGUGACGGCUGUAGCUGGGUUCUUCAAUGUUACCUCUAAUUCGUCUGAAUUCGCAACUGUGCCCACACCUCCUGGUGCCCUCAACAUCAGUCAGGGAACAAACGUUCUGGAUCUGGAGUGGAAGACUCCUGCGUUGAUGGAGGGUGCUCCACUCAUCAGCUACUACAUCACCUACCAGCCUGAGGGCGGCAAAGUGCAAAAUAAAAGCUCCUCGUCCAAUGCCACACGGCUGACCUCUCUUUCGUCAGGAACUCUUCACAACAUAACUGUAGAAACAGUUGGACCUCAGAAUUUGAGGAGCACGCCCAUCCGUGGUUCUGCUUUUACCCUGCCCAACCCUGUGCAGAAUCUUUCUGCUAGCCCCAACUCCACCACCUCAAUAAAAGUGAAAUGGUUAGCUCCGCAGGAAGCCAAGUCCUAUUACAGAUACUUGGUUCAAACCAAUAAUGCUACAGGAUUACUGUUUAAAACAACAGUCACCAACACCAGCACUGAGGUAACCAACCUGCAGCCAGGAACCAGAUACGAUAUCCGUGUCACAACGAUAGCCGGAGAGGGAAGUCAAUCCACGGUGGAAUCGACGUUCAGUUACACAAGGCCCAAAGCAGUGGCCAACCUCACCGUGGAGGACCAGAACACGACGUCCGUCCGGCUGACGUGGCUCAGACGGACUGAUCACACGCCUUCCUACUCCUACCUGGUGAUUGCUCUCCAGAGCGCCGCGGUGGUUCAGAACCAUUCAGCCAACACUGAGACUGACACCUUCCUCAACCUGACCCCUGGAACAUUGUACACGUUUGAUGUAUUUACCGUUGUAGAAGGGGUCAGUUCCACAGCUGAAAGCACGCAAAGUUACACAAAGCCUGCAGCUGUUUCUGGCGUCAUGACCAAAGGAAGCACAACUACAAUGACAGUGAGCUGGAUAAGAGCAGAGGGACAGGUGGUCUCCUACGCUGUAUCGCUUUUCCAAGACGAUCACGUGGUGAGAAACGCCACCGGCCUGAGCAACUCCACGACCAAUGAGGAGUUUCAGAACCUGACAGCUGGAGUGCUUUACUGUGUGGAGGUGGUCUCCAAGAGUGGACCUUUUACCAACGCAGCCUCAAGGGUUUGCAACGCAACAUUUCCCAACCCUCCUGGCCCCAUCACGGUGGAGUCUCAGACCGUGAACUCCAUCAACUUCACCUGGUCCUUUCCAGAGGGCAUGGACCAAAAUCAGUGCAACUUCAGUGUGUUUGGCCUUAACAGUUCCUCUCUGACCAGAAACAACUGGUAUGAGCUGCGACACCUCGAGUCUGGAAGCCCCUACGUUCUCUCUGUAGUUACUGUGUGCCUGUACCAGAGCACUGCAGUCACCACAUCCAACUACACCAGACCGUAUAAUGUGACAAUGCUGAGACAAACAGAAAUAACCACAAAUGCAGUGACCUUGGAGUGGGAACAGCUCGAGAACAAAUCUGACUACUCAUAUCUUGUGAAGACCACGAAUGGCUCCUCUAAUCAAUCUGUCGUCAACGAACACAAGAUAAUAGUCACUGGACUUCUUUCCGGGACCAAGUACAGCUUCACUGUCAUCACUGAGACACUAGAUGGCACUCAGGCAGCUCCUGUGACGGUGUCCUACUUUACACGUCCGUACAGCACCGGUCGGUUGCGAUUUGAAGCCGUGAACACAACCGCCGUACGUCUGGCUUGGGAUGAACCGGCGGAACACAAGGCUGAUUACACAUAUCGGGUUGAGACAACAGGCUGCGGCUCCCGAAACGAAACCCUGGCAGGACACGUCGCCGACAUUUCCGCGCUGACCCCCGGGACCAACUGCACCUUCUGCGUUUUUGUCAGGGCGGCGGACGGCAUCGAGGGGGAAGCCCGCUGCGCCUCUCAGUACACCGAGCCCGAGGCCGUGCAACCGCGGCUCUCCAGCAAUGGCUCGAAUAGUUCAAUGUUGGUGUCGUGGGGGACACCCCGUGGGAGAGUGGAGCAUUAUAAGGUGGAACUCAACAGCACGUCCAAGGUAGAGCGCACGCUCGACUCCACACAAACCGAAUUCCAGUUUAACAACUUAUCUGCUGGGAGGCUCUACUCUGUCGUGGUCACCACACUUAGUGGACCAUUCAAUGCUUCGUCGGACUUUAUCACUAAUGCAACUUUCCCAAAUCCACCCGGGACAAUUAAGGUCUUGAAGAAGACAACCGGCUCCUUUGACAUCGGGUGGACGGAAGCACCUCUGAUGACGGGUGCAACGUUCUACUACCAGCUGACCAACCCAUCAGGCCACGGAGAAGACAAAACCACCGAUACAAACCAUUCGUUUACCGGCCUGCUUUCUGGGACUUCCUACAAUAUCUCUGUAGCCACCGUGGGCGCAAUGGAUUUUAAGAGUGCGACGGUUCAGAUCACGGUCACCACAAGACCGUUCAGUGUGAAAUCGCUUAUGACUUCUACAGAAGAGGAGCACAUCACUGUCACGUGGAAAAACCCUGAUGAACACAAGGAAAACUAUUCUUACAAUCUGGGAUGGCACAGCUCAAAUUACCACAUUUUGAAUGUCACGACAACAGAAAAUGUUUUGGAAAUUAAAAACCUGGUUCCUGGCGAACGAUACAACAUAAGCGUCACCACAAAGACCUCUGAUGGAACCGAAAGUGCUCCCAUGUGGAUUUCCAACUGCACAAAUGCAAGCCCGGUGAAAGACUUGGCAUGUUUUGGUCCAAACACACCAAUCGCUCAAGUCACCGUGUCCUGGAAAAAAAACAAGGGCCUUACGUCUGCCUUCAAGGUUACUGUAAACUUCAGCGAGAUCGUCAAAUCUACAUCCUCCUGCUGUAAUUAUACUGUGUCCAACCUUCGCCACAGCACCACUUACAAUCUGUCUGUGGAGACUCAGAGCUGUGGGUUACCCAGCACCCCUGUGUCUCGAACCUGCUCCACGGGCAUCACAAAUCCACCCAUUCCAAAGGACUAUGAAGCACUUGUGUCUGUGACCAACACAGAGUACAACAGGUUCAGUAUUCAGAUCAAUAAACUUCUGCUGAACAACAUCAAUGGGCCAAUCCAAAAUAUUGGGGUGCUGGUGACAGAGCAGCUCCCUGAUGACAAAGAUUUCACAGCGUACGUGGGCAGAACGUACCAAGAGUGGAUUGAAGGGGCUACUCCAGGAUACAUGGCUACAGUUAAAACCGUAACAGAGAACAGCUUUUCAUCACGCAGUGAAGAGGAACAUCUGGACAUCGAAAUAGGAGACCGAUCCAAAUGGGAGGGCUACAUUAAUGGUGCUUUGAAGGCCAGAGGAAAAUACCACUAUGCUAUCGUGUUGUUCACCAGUCUGACUCUGGAAAAGAGCUUGGUGAAUGGUCAACUGUUUAGUUCAACAAACUUCUAUGCCGCUGUAGAACUCCCGCAGGACCCAGCACUCAUCAGCAUUGCUGUCGGAGUGACAUUGGGAAUUUUUUGCGUUCUCUUCAUCAUCCUCAUCGGCUUUAUUAUCUACUGGAAAAGGUUAUCCAACAAAGAUUCCCCCGACAUCCAGAUUUUUUCCAUGAGAGCCAAAGUAAGUAUGGCUGUGAGGGUACAAGAUUUCGAAGCUUACUACAAGAAGCAGAAAGCAGACUCAAGUUGUGGCUUUGCUGAAGAAUUUGAGGACCUGAAGCUUGUUGGUACAGCUCAGUCAAAAAUACAAGCUGUGACUAUGGAGAACAAACCAAAGAACCGCUAUAACAACGUGCUUCCGUAUGACUCUUCUAGGGUGAAACUCUCUAUCAUCCAUGGGAGUCCAUAUGAGGAUUACAUCAAUGCUAACUACAUGCCGGGUUACAACUCCAGGAAGGAGUAUAUCGCGGCUCAGGGUCCUUUGCCCGCCACAGUCAGGGAGUUCUGGAGGAUGAUCUGGGAGAAGAAUGUACAGACUCUGGUCAUGCUGACACGCUGUAAUGAACAGGGACGAGUGAAAUGCGAGCAAUACUGGGAUCAUGGCACAAAGCACUUUGACAACAUUACUGUGACAACAUCCUCUGAAAUUAAACUUGAUGACUGGACAAUCAGGGACUUUGACGUUAAAAAUGUAAAAACAGCAGAGACCCGUUCAGUGCGUCAUUUCCACUUCACGGCCUGGCCAGAUCACGGGGUACCAGAAACCACAGAGCUCCUCAUCAGUUUCAGACACUUGGUCAGAGAGCACAUGGACCAAUACUCCAGAAACUCUCCUACUGUGGUCCACUGCAGUGCUGGUGUUGGACGCACAGGGACCUUCAUCACCAUCGACCGGUUGAUCUUCCAGAUUGAAAGGGAAGAUUUUGUGGACGUGUACGGCAUCGUCCACGAUCUGCGCAUGCACCGGACCCUCAUGGUGCAGACAGAGGACCAGUAUGUGUUCUUAAACCAGUGUGCCCUGGACAUCAUCAGAUCAAGAACUGGAAACAAUGUGGAUCUAAUCUACCAAAACAGCGCUGCAAUGUCUAUUUAUGAGAAUAUAGAUCCAAAAACAGGUUACCUUUGUGAAUAGACCCAAGAGAACCCUCAGGUCUUUUAACUCGUAGCAAAAGAACUUGCAAAAGGAACGCUUUAAUGCAAUUAUGCUAUAUUUAUUGUUGUGUACACCUGCCACGCUUUUUUUUAAGAACCGUGUAGCUUCUGGAUUCAAAUCAACAUUUUGUGGUAUUUAUGAAUUGAACAUGUGGAAAUGGAGAAACAACAGGGGCAUAAUUACUGGCCAAUGAUUUUAGGAUUAAAUAUAAACUUUGGUCAAAUAUAAGAACUCUUUCUCUCUUUUAUAACUGCAAUUUUUUUUUUAUUACUCUUUUUUUUUAUUUCCGCUUGUUUUUGAUUUAAAGAUGAUUAUGUUUUCUGCUCAGGUAAUAAGUUCAACGCUGGGUAGAUAUUUUUCAAAAAUGGUGUGCUUUGGUGCCAGUAGGUGGUACUCAAUUUCUUUGUCCUAAACUGAAUAAGGCAAGUGCUUUGAUAUCUCCUUAAUAAGCCUUAGGUUUUCCAACAUGUAUAGUAUUGAAGUCUGUCAGAUCAUGCAAUCAAUUAUUUUUUAUCAUGUAAAGCAAAUUGGAAAUUGUCAAGGUCUUUAAAUCAAGGAGUUCCCUUUACUGUUUGUUGAGACCUGUGUAUAUGAAUGCAAUGUAAUGAAUAAUGCACUGGAUGCAUUUGGUGUUUCUAUAAACUUCAACUUUUUUUAACUAUACAACUAUUUUUGUAUUGUUAAAUACAUUCUGGCCAAUGCUUUGUGAAACUGUUUCGCAAACACUAUUAGCAAAACCGCUAUUGGAUCCAAUGGAAAUUUUUCUUUCUACUCAGGAAACUUAAAAACAACGACAACUGAACAUUCUGCUGGUGAGGUAUGUUGUUGAAAAUUUCAAACAACAUACUUUGUAUUUUGAUGAAGGUCAUACAGCUUGUAGCUUUUGUUUUGUUGAUGUCCUUCUCUACAAUGUACAUUCAUCAAAGAAACAACCAUGUUAUGUCACUUCCUGCCGCAUAUCUUGUCCAUCUGCAGAAUGUUCCGUGAGGCAGCUAUGAUUUUUAUGUAAUUAGCCUGUAGAUAUGUUCACUGAAAGCACUUAAUGAAAACAAGCAAAUAGUCACAAAGUUGUGUUUUUGAAAUGCUUCAUGAGAUGCUUGCUGGUACAAUGCAAAUAAAUGUAAAACGAAGAGUAAA